CAUGAGCUUUGGAUGGAGCCAGGAGGUGGAGGAGGCUACACAGAGAUUCAGUGAAACCUGCAGACACUUGACCCCUGGACUCAUGGAUCUCUCAGGGAGUUGAGCCUCUCUUCUCUUUGUGCCUCUGGACAUAUUUGCAUCUACUUCAGCAUGUGGGUGUCUACAUCAGCAGCUCCUCAGCACAGGUUGCUGCUGGUUCGGGGCAGAGGAUUUUACAAGUGGGUCUCUGGAGUGGGCUCUCAGGUCGCCUCUCACCAUGUCACAGCGUCUCUCCUGCGCCCAGAGGACAGCAGCUUCAACCCUGGGGUGAAGAGACGACACAGACACAAUGAGAUGCGUGAGAGGUCAGUGCAGAGCAAAGAGUGGGGGGAUGAGAUCCCAGUGAUGCAGAGGACAGGUCAGAGGAAGGAAGACGCCCACAGAGUGUCCUCUGAGCUCAGGAAGCUGUGUCUGGAGGAUUCCCCCACAGAGAGGGAGAGGCCGGGGACGCAGAGGUCAACACCGGACUCCAAAGUAGAGAUUGUUUUUGGCGUGGCCCCCUGUCUCUUGGCUCUGACUCAGGGCAGAAGGAAGGCCCGUAAGCUGUUUGUAAAAGAUGGCGAGGCCUCUCACCGGGCGUCUGUGUUGAAGGUGUGCGAGGAGGCCUGUCGGCGAGGAGUGCGAGUCCAGCGGGUCAGCAAGAAGGAGCUGGACAGGAUGUCUUCUGAGCGAGUUCACCAAGGAGUGUGUCUGCAAGCCAGUCCUCUGAGCUACCUCACCGAACUCUCAGACUCUCCACCGGCCAGAAAAGACCCCCCUCUGUGGCUCGUCCUUGAGGGGAUUCAGGACCCCAUGAACCUGGGGGCCAUCCUGCGCUCGGCUUACUUCCUGGGAGUGGACAGGGUGGCCAGCAGUCUUCACAACAGCUGUCCACUGUCUCCAGUGGUCAGCAAGGCCAGUGCCGGAGCCAUGGAGGUGCUCGGGGUGUAUGGAUACAAGAACCUUGAGGACAUGGUGAAGCUGAAGGUGGCACAGGGCUGGCAGGUGGUCGGCACCGUGGCCGCCGAAGCAGACGGGUCUCGGCUUCCUGUCACCCAGUGCUCAGACUUCCAGAUGACAGGACCCACGGUGUUGCUGAUGGGUGGUGAGGGGGGGGGAUUGUCCCGGGGGCUGCUCUCUCUGUGCCAAACGCUGCUCACCAUCCCAGCAGGAAGAGAUUUGUUUCCUGGAGUCGAGUCUCUGAACGUCUCCGUCGCUACUGGGAUCCUGCUGCACACACUGCUCUCCUCCAGGAAGUCGACCACAUGACCACAUGACCACACCAAAGACGUCUAUCCAUAUACUGCUGCUGACCUUUGAGGGUCACAUGGGACUCAAACCAAAUGCUGUUCUCCGCAUAUGUUUUAGGCACUGAAAGUAAAGUCAGCAGACUUUCAGAAACAAAGUCACGAAUAAUCAUUGACCAUAAGAGCUGUGUGUGUGCAGUGAAGCUCGAUUUCUGUGGUUUAAUGUGCAUUUAUACAUUAAUUCUGGAUUUGUCUGCAUAUCAUCUUUCUUCAUCUCUCCUUUUCCUUCCCUUUUCUGUUACUCCUCUUAUAUCCUGAAUUUUAAGGGAUAUGACAAUAUUUUUGAUUUAAAAUUUGAAGUAAGUGUAAAACUGAAAAAAUAUCAAUAUACUUGGUGGAUAUGUUAUCAUUUAUAAUCAUCAUACUCCCUAUUAAGUAGGAUGGGACGUUGCCACAGUUCUAUGGAUUCUGUCUGUCUCAGUGUCCUCUGUCUCUUCAUGUCACCCCAGACUGAGGAAUCUCAAUCUGCUGCAGGACUCCAUGUCCUUCUUGUCUCUGAAGACAGUUCUUAUUGUCCCUGAUGUGGUUGAUGGAUACAUAUCUAAAGUGCCUAAAGCUUUUUCACUGCUCGGUAUCAGCCUGUACUUUAACUAAAGAUGCAACGGAACUGAGACUUGGCCAUUAAUGCACAGCAGAGUUGCAUAUUAAUCUGAAUGAAAUGUAACAUUUCUAUCAUCAGAAGUGGUUUAAAGGAGAAGACAAAUCUCAUGAAAAGACCAACAAUGAAUUGAUCCUUUUAGAUUUAUUAUGUACGUAUUCAGGAGAUUGAUAUUUAAAAUGAUUCUGUGUAACCGGGCUCAAUUAAAUAUCCAUGAGCACACACACACACACACACACGCAAUAGUCUAUUUGGACUCGAUCACACACACACAAACAUGCUGCUCCAAAUAAUCUCAGAGCAGCUAAUGUGUAUCAAUCCCCCAAUGAAAAUAGUACCGGGAAAAAUGCACUGUUUCCACUGGUUUGAAUAAAGUUUGUAAUAUUGUA